AUGCCACCAAAACCAACAACACUUCCUGUUAAAGCUGUUGAAAAUUCAGAAUUCAAGCAGGCAACCAGCAAUGGGAUUGCUAAAGAGCUGAAAUCCAACAGCACUGAGCACAUGGUUGAAACCGAAGACAACUCAUCAGCUAAGAAAGAGACCUUUUACAUCACCAGAGAAGUCAAAGGUAUUAAGCAGGGACAGCACAAAGAAGCCAAUGUAGUGUCUCCUCAAGAACCUAAAGAAGGAAAAAAGGGAUCUCAAGGCAUGCAGAAAUCUUCAAGCACCAUCACACUACAAGCUGUCAAACUGCAACCAGAACCAAAGGCAGAACCCCAGGCCUCUUUCAUCAGGCAGGGUGAAGACAGGAAAAGGGCUGUGCAGCCCCUGAUGUCAGCUCAACCAACUGCACCUCUGGCAGGGCAAGUCAGUCCCAGAAGCAGAGAAGCAGAAAACAGAUCUGGACCCUGGAAGACUGUCAUGGAGGAGAAGAGAGAGCCUGUGGGAAUUCCCCCUCAGUUUGAGAGCCAUCCACAGAGCCUGGAAGCAUCAGAAGGCCAGGAGAUAAAAUUCAGGAGCAAAGUUUCAGGGAGACCAAAACCAGAUGUGGAAUGGUUCAAAGAGGGUGAGUGCAUUAAAGCUGGAGAAGAUGUCCAAAUAUAUGAAGAAGAUGGAGUUCAUUGCCUGUGGUUGAAGAAAGCCUGUUUGGGGGACAGUGGAUCUUAUAGCUGUGCAGCUUUCAACCCCAAAGGCCAGGCUUCCACCAGCUGGUUGUUAACUGUCAGAAGGCCUAAAGUUCAAGAGGUUGCUCCCUGCUUUUCCAGUGUCUUGAAAGGAUGCACUGUGAGUGAAGGGCAAGACUUUGUGCUGCAGUGCUGCGUAGGAGGUGUGCCUUUGCCUCAGAUCAUGUGGCUUCUCAAUGACCAGCCAAUUCAGUAUGCCCAUUCCACUUUUGAAGAUGGAGUUGCAAAAUUGACUGUCCAAGAUGCUUUACCAGAAGAUGAUGGCAUUUAUACCUGUCUGGCUGAAAACAACACAGGACAGGCAUCGUGCAGUGCUCAGGUCACAGUCAAAGAAAAGAAGAGCAGCAAGAAGGCAGAAAAUGCACAGGUUGCCAAGUUAAACAAGACUUUUGCACCAAUCUUUCUUAAAGGCCUGACUGACCUCAGAGUGAUGGAUGGCAGUCAAGUGAUAAUGACCGUGGAGGUAUCAGCUAACCCACCUCCUGAAAUUAUCUGGCUGCACAAUGGGAAAGAAAUCCAAGAAACAGAAGAUUUCCACUUUGAGAAGAAAGGAAAUGAGUACAGUCUGUGUAUCCAGGAAGUAUUUCCUGAAGACACAGGCAAAUACACCUGUGAAGCCUGGAAUGAAUUAGGAGAAACUCAAACCCAGGCUACAUUGACAGUACAAGAACCUCAGGAUGGUAUUCAGCCCUGGUUCAUUAGCAAGCCAAGAUCAGUAACAGCAGCUGCUGGGCAAAAUGUCCUCAUAUCCUGUGCCAUUGCUGGAGAUCCUUUCCCCACUGUUCACUGGUUUAAAGAUGGGCAAGAAAUAAUGCCGGGAACAGCAUGUGAAAUCCUGCAAAAUGAAGAUAUCUUCACACUGGUCUUGAGGAAUGUGCAGGCUCGUCAUACAGGGCAGUAUGAAAUUCAGCUCAGGAACCAAGUUGGAGAAUGCAGCUGCCAGGUGUCUCUAAUGCUGCAGGAGAGCUCAGCUUCCAGAGCAGAAAUGCUCAGAGAUGGGAGGGAAUCAGCCAGCUCUGGAGAGCGAAGAGAUGGUGGAGAUCAUGGUAAACUAACAUUUGGUAGAACAAGUGGCUUCAAAAAGACCAGCAGUGAAACCAGAGCAGCUGAGGAAGAGCAGGAAGACAUCCGAGGUGUGCUGAAGAGGCGAGUGGAAACUCGGGAGCACACAGAGGAGAGCCUGAGGCAGCAGGAAGCUGAGCAACUUGAUUUCCGUGACAUUUUAGGCAAAAAAGUCAGCACCAAAAGUUUUUCUGAGGAGGAUCUGAAAGAAAUCCCAGCCGAGCAAAUGGACUUCCGAGCAAACCUGCAGCGGCAGGUCAAACCCAAGACCUUGUCAGAGGAGGAAAGGAAAGUUCAUGCUCCUCAGCAGGUGGACUUCCGCUCUGUGCUGGCCAAGAAAGGCACCCCAAAAACCCCAUUGCCAGAGAAGGUGCCACCUCCUAAACCAGCCAUUACAGAUUUCAGAUCUGUGCUGGGCUCGAAGAAAAAGCCACCUGCAGAGAAUGGCAAUGCCACCACCCCAGCACCAAAUGCCCGCACCAAUUCUGAAGCCCAGAAUGCAACCCCAAAUUCUCAAGCCCCAGUUGCCAAACCAGCAGUGAAAAAAGAAGAGAAGAAUGAUAGAAACUGUGAACAUGGGUGUGCAGUGGUGGAUGGCGGAGUAAUUGGGAAAAAAGCUGAGCACAAAGCACCAGCAAGCAAACCCCCAGCAAGCAAAGGCACAGCACCCUCCUUUACAGAGAAGCUUCAGGAUGCUCAAGUAGUAGAUGGGGAAAAAUUGGUCUUACAGUGUCGGAUUUCCUCUGAUCCCCCUGCAGCUGUCACCUGGACUCUAGACAGCAAACCCAUCAAAUCAUCGAAGUCCAUUGUCAUCUCCCAAGAAGGCACGCUGUGUUCACUUACCGUGGAGAAGGCCAUGCCCGAAGAUGGGGGCGAAUACAAAUGCGUAGCUGAGAAUGCCGCGGGAAAAGCUGAAUGUGCUUGCAAAGUGCUGGUAGAAGAUGCCUCCUCCACAAAGACCUCAAAGCCUGCUGAGAAGAAGACCAAGAAGCCGAAGACCACACUUCCCCCUGUGCUGCCAACAGAGAGUAGUGAAGCAACAGUGAAGAAGAAACCAGCUCCAAAGACUCCUCCAAAAGCAGCUGCUCCUCCUCAGAUUACUCAGUUCCCAGAAGACAGAAAAGUCCGUGCAGGUGAAUCAGUGGAAUUAUUUGCCAAGGUGGUAGGAACAGCACCCAUAACCUGCACCUGGAUGAAAUUCCGUAAGCAGAUUGAAGAAAAUGAAUAUAUUAAAAUUGAGAAUGCUGAAAACAGCAGCAAGCUGACAAUAUCAUCAACAAAGCAGGAACACUGUGGGUGUUACACCCUAGUUGUAGAGAACAAACUUGGCAGCAGACAAGCACAAGUCAACCUUACAGUUGUUGACAAGCCAGACCCACCAGCCGGGACACCCUGCGCCUCAGACGUGCGGAGCUCCUCCCUCACCCUCUCCUGGUACGGCUCUUCCUACGAUGGUGGGAGCGCCGUGCAGUCCUACACUGUGGAGAUCUGGAACUCGGUGGAUGACAAGUGGACAGACCUCACCACCUGCCGCAGCACCUCCUUCAACGUGCAGGACCUGCAGGCUGAUCGGGAGUACAAGUUCCGUGUGCGAGCUGCUAACGUGUAUGGCAUCAGCGAGCCCAGUCAAGAGUCCGAGCUGGUAAAAGUUGGAGAGAAACAAGAAGAGGAACUUAAAGAGGAUGAAGCGGAGCUAUCUGAUGAUGAAGGAAAAGAAACAGAGGUCAACUAUCGGACGGUCACUAUCAACACUGAACAAAAAGUUUCAGAUGUCUAUAAUAUUGAAGAAAGGCUGGGAUCGGGGAAAUUUGGACAAGUCUUUAGGCUUGUUGAAAAGAAGACUGGAAAAGUUUGGGCAGGAAAAUUUUUCAAAGCAUAUUCUGCUAAGGAAAAGGAAAACAUAAGAGAUGAAAUCAGCAUCAUGAACUGUCUACAUCAUCCAAAACUUGUACAAUGUGUAGAUGCCUUUGAAGAAAAAGCCAACAUCGUUAUGGUCUUAGAAAUGGUUUCUGGAGGAGAACUCUUUGAACGAAUCAUUGAUGAAGACUUUGAACUGACAGAGAGAGAGUGCAUUAAAUAUAUGAAGCAGAUUUCAGAAGGAGUUCAGUACAUCCAUAAGCAGGGUAUUGUCCACUUGGAUCUGAAGCCAGAAAAUAUUAUGUGUGUCAACAAGACUGGUACAAGUAUCAAACUCAUUGACUUUGGACUUGCAAGAAGAUUAGAAAAUGCAGGUUCUCUGAAAGUUCUCUUUGGGACACCUGAGUUUGUGGCUCCAGAAGUUAUAAACUAUGAACCUAUUGGAUAUGAAACAGAUAUGUGGAGUAUAGGAGUUAUCUGCUACAUUUUGUGA